UAAAAAAAAAACUACAGAACCGGCAGCGUCCAUUUUCCUAUUUUGUGUGUUUUUUUGAUUGCUAGUGUUGUUGUAUGUGUACAUUAUUUGUGUAAUUUCGGCAUCGUAUUAAAAUAUUAAAUAUAUAACUAUUAUUAUAAAAUCUAUAAAAAUAAUUAAAAUGGAAGGUGCACCACCAAGUCGAGGUGGUUUUAGAGGUCGAGGUGGUGGUCCAAUGCGUGGACGUGGAAGCUUUGGUGACAGAGGAAGGGGCGGCCCACCCAGAGGAGGAAUGAUGCGAGGUCGAGGUGGUCCUGGUCCAAUGAGAGGUAGUCCACCAGGUAUGAGAGGUCGUGGUGGUCCUCCCCGUGGUGGUCGAGUAACAUAUAUUUCAGGAGGACCACCAGAAUCAAGUUUAUCUGGUCCAGGUGCACCACCACCAGGUAUGAGUGGUCCAUCUCGAGGUAAUUCACGAGGUUCACCAGGUGGUUUUCGUGGCAGAGGACGAGGUGAUUUUAGUAGCCGUGGUGAAAGUCGUGGAGGUGGAUACAGAGGACGUGGUUCAGGAAUGGAUAGAGGUGGUGGAAGAGGUUCAAGUAAUUUUUCACGUGGUGGAGGUGGUCCACCAAGAGGCAGUAUGGGUAGAGGAAAUGGUGGUCCUAGUUCUGGUUAUAAUGAUAGAGGAAGUCGUGGUAAUGGUGUUGAUCGUGGUAGUCGUGGUGGACCAAUGAAACGAGGUAGAGGACCACCAGGAGUUGGAGGUCCACCAAAAAGACCAAGAUAUGAUCCACCACCAACACAAGCUGUCAAUGGUUAUGCUGCACAACCAACAAGUCAAGGAUAUGGUAAUCCAGGCAAUGGAUAUGGUGGUCAACAACAAGCAGCACCUGUAAGUGGAUAUGCUGCUGGUGGCGGUGGUGGUGGAGGUAGUGCAUAUGGUCCUCCACAAGGUGGAUAUCAACAAUCAUCAUAUCCAAGUUAUGAAGCUUAUCCAGCACCAGCUGAUUAUUCACAACCAGCUUAUCCAGCACAAGCACCACCAGACAACAGAUAUGUACAACAAGUACCUGUCACCGGUGGAUUUAAUUCAGAUCCUUACAAUUAUGGUAAAGCACCACAACAAGUGGGUUAUCAACAAGAAUCAGUUGCACCAGUACUUGGUGGUGGUGGUGGUGAAGAUGGUGGUGGUUAUCCAGGUAAUCCUUAUGAUGAUCAAUCAUGUAAUCCAGCAGUUAUGACCGGCAGAGGUGGCUACUCAACACACUACGAUUAUUCAAGUCAAGACGGAGGUUAUGGAAAACAGGAUUAUGGAUAAUAAAUCAUCAUCAUCUUCAUCAUCAACUGGAGUUCAAUUAACCACAUGACUGGUAUCAAGAAAAUUAUUUUUCAAAAAAAUAAAUAAAACUUGAACAAGUUUUUCGAUUGUCUUGGCAAACAACAAAGGUACACUACUUGUCAAUCGACAAAAUAAAACUAAAUAAAACCAAGUAAAUUAAUUGAAACAUAAAAAAAACAUUACUUUAUUUAUCAAAAAGAAAAAAAUAAAAAUAAAACUUAAACAAAAUCAUAGAUAUUAAGUACGAAAUAAAAAAAAAAACGUCAACGGUUUGGUAAUAAUAUUUGAGCUAUUUUCGGUAUGAGUUGAACGAAAAAAAGAAAAAAAAAAUUAA